CUCUCUCAGAUACAAAAAAAAAAAAGAAAAUCGAUCGAUCAUAGCUCUCGCCAUCAUUCUCGUAUGGAAGAAAAAUGAACACUGCCUCUAUUGAACUGGGUGUAGUUGGAGUUUUUGACGCAGGAUUUCAAACUGAAGCAAACAGAAAAUAUGUCCAUAUUUUAUCUCUAUUUACGCGGCCUUCUCUUAAAUGGCUUCCGAUGAUGAAUUUGGCGCGACUUUCUUAACCCCUUUUUCCCACCACCCCUAUCUUAUUUCGUUUUAUAUUUUACACUUUAUUUCAUAUAUCAUACACCCUUGCUUUUUCCUUGGGGGGGUAAGGAGGUCAGAUAUUUUUUCUAUAUUUUCUCCAUUCUUCCACCGCCGUCGCCUCCACCCUCCCAUCCUUAAUCUUCCCCACCACCAGAAUACCCUUCAUCUCACGACCACCACCCCGUUUCAUUCAGGUGGGAUCUCUCUGACAUUAUUAUUAUUAUUAUAUUCAUUAUUUUCAUUGUUAUCAUUACUAUUAUUAUUAUUACUAUUAUUAUUAUUAUUAUUAUUAUUGCUGUUAUUAUUGUUGUUACCGUUUUAUCCACUUGUUUUUUCGGUGGCGGGGGUACCUGUUUUCCCACCACACAUUUCCACAUCUCUGUCUUUCUCCAUCAAAAGAUACCUCGGCGGCGUCGCAACAGGGAUAAUUUAACAGCAACGACGAUUCACAAGGAAACAUCAACAAGUCCUUUCAAGGGUGUCAUUUUUAUUUUUUCCUACCAUUAAGUAACACCGUCAUAAAUAUCACCACCAUCGUCAUCGUCGUCAUCACAUCAUCACCACCAUCAUCUUCAUCACCAUCAUCACCAUCACCAUCAUCAUCAUCACUAUCCCCGUCUUCAUCAUCAUCUGCCUCUAAAGGAACACGCGCGCGCACACACGUACAUAUAUACACUAUAUAUAUAUAUCAUAUAUAUAUAUAUAUAGAUACAGAUAUAUAAUAUUGAAGAUAUAUAUGUGUAUAUAUGAGGAGUUAUUUACUGUAUAUGAUAACAACAUGCUUUGUCUCCUGUUACUUGGAAAUGUGGAUAUAUUCUUAAAAGAGGAUUGACACAUUUUUACCUUCAUAUAUAUAAUAUAUAUAUGUAAAAUCGUCACUGUUGUAUAUAAUAGAAAAAUUAUAUUUGGAGAAAAAGAUACUAUUAUUACCAAUUGACCACUCUAUCUACCAAUCUAGCAAGCAAGCAAGCAACCAACCAACCAAGCAACUAACCAACCAAUUUCUUCUGCUCUUUGGAUAUAUAUAUAUAAAAAUAUACAUACGUAUAUAUAUAUGCAUACUUAUGUGUGUAUAUGUGUAAAAAAAAUCAUCUUUCUCUUUGCCAAUUCUUAUGAACGGAAUGUCGUAGCAAUUUCACCUUUUGUUGUGUGAUUACACACAUGCACACGCAUACACACACAUCUAUACAUACACAUACACCUACACCUACACACACCUAUACAACAUAUACAUGUACGUGUACGCAUACACACCACGCAUACAUAGACACAAGCAGAAAUACAUUUACAAACAGAUGUAUUUUUCCUACAUAUCCACCAUAUAGCGCACACAACGAUCUCUUGAUUAUAAUACAUACACGCCAGAAAUUACAAUUCGACAACGCACCACCACUUCUUAAGCCACAGCUUCAACAGCAACCACCGCCACCACCACCACCACAACAACAACUACUACAUCAACAGGGACAACAACAAAUUCAUUCACCACCAUCGACAUCUUCAUCAUCAUCAUCAACAUCAUCAACAACAACAACACCACCACCACCGUCCCCACAUGAAUACCAUCCGCUGUUAUUGUUAGAUCUACUACCACCAACACUACCACCGCCACCACCAAUACAGCUUGCACCAUUACCAUCGAAAUCAACACCACUACAAGUACAACAUCAACAACUGCAGCCUAUACAACAAACACCGUCAUUGCAACAACAACAGCAGCAAACACCACAACCACCACCUCCAAUAACAACAACAACAACAAAAAAACUAGUAUCACCAUCAUCACUGCAAGAACAACAGCCACAGCGACCACCAACACCAACACCACCACCACCACCACCGACACCUUCAUCUUCAUCACUACAGCAACAAAACCAUCAAGUACAUCAUCACCAUUAUCAUCAACAUCACCUUCAUCACCAUCAUCAUCAUCAUCAUGACCCACAUGAUUUACAAAGCUUCAGUCGGCCAUGUAUUAUAUCAAAAACACCUGCAUCGCGAACAGUAACUACAUCAUCCCUAACCACAUCAAAUAUAACCACAACCACAACCACAAACACGACCGCAAGCUUUUAUGACCAAAAUAGCAUACAAACAAAACGAAACGAAACCAAUAAGAUAGCCCACUUAUUAUCAAUACCCAUAGCUAAGACAAAGGAAACUGCAGCAACGUAGCUUCUUCCCCCAACAUGGAUGGAAAUUUGUCUGGUUAAAUUCUGAGUGUAAUAAUAAAAAAUAAUAAAGCGGGGGAUUUCACUGUCAGCAUGUAGCCAUUAUCAAAAAUGUUUUCUCGGGGGGCGGUUGGUGUUACACUUGUCGGCCAUGAUGCAUAGCUAGAGACACCAUUGAGAUGGAUUCAAGGAAAACAUUAAUACACGCACAUAUAGGUCGAUAUAAAUAUAAAUAUCUAUAUAUACACACGUAUACACGGACAUCGUUGCACACCAAACACAAAUACAAAAACAAAAUACACUUAUACGAUGAAAGACAUAUAGAUAUACGAACAACACCACAAUCUCUUCCUCAUUUAGAAAUACACACGUAGAAAAAAAAAACACAUUAAGACACAUACAUAACAUUAAUUUGAAAUCUGAUUCUAA